CCAGCCUAGUAUUUCUAGCAUUGCCACUCACUCUGCGGUGCACGUGUUAAUGUCUCUUCGUUGUCUCAGUGUCAACUGCAGUUUCUUCUCCAAGCAUCUCUCUUCAUCGCCGAAAGAGUUCGCAUUACUGUUCCGGAUCUCGAUUUCCACCAUGUCGUAUAGGCCGAACUACCAGGGCGGCCACCGUGGCGCUGGCGGUCGCGGUCGCGGAGGCGGUGGCCGUCGUGGCGGUGGUCGUGGUGGCGGCGGCGGAGGGCGCGGCGAGCAGCGAUGGUGGGAUCCUGUGUGGCGAGCGGAGCGGUUGAGGCAGCAAGCGGCUGAGGUAGAAGUGCUCAACGAGGAUGAAUGGUGGGGUACAAUGGAGCAAAUGAAAAGAGGUGGGGAGCAGGAGAUGGUAAUCAAGCGGACUUACAGUCGAGGAGACCACCAAAUCCUCUCUGAUAUGGCUUAUCAGUUGGGACUUUAUUUCCAUGCAUAUAACAAGGGGAAGACACUUGUUGUCAGCAAAGUUCCAUUGCCAAAUUACCGGGCUGAUCUUGAUGAACGCCAUGGAUCCACACAAAAAGAGAUACGAAUGUCUACAGAAACAGAAAUAAGAGUUGGUAAUCUGUUGGAUAGCUCGCAGGAGGUGGUUACCGUUGAUGGUCCUUCUGCUGUGUCCUCACAGGGUGUUAAACCAUCAUCAUCUGGUGCAAGUAUUACAUCAGCGGUGUCAAAGUUGGAGAUCGAUACCGCGAAGGAGGGUCUUAGUGUUGAACUGAAGCAAAAGCACGAAAAGAUCAAGGGAAGUAAUAGUGUGAAGAUGAUGCAGGCAUUUAGAGAAGAGCUUCCUGCAUUCAAAAUGAAAUCUGAGUUUCUGAAAGCUGUUGCAGAUAACCAGGUACUGGUAGUUUCAGGGGAGACAAGUUGUGGUAAAACGACACAGCUCCCUCAGUUUAUCCUAGAGGAGGAGAUAUCAUCUCUUCGAGGUGCUGAUUGUAACAUAAUUUGCACUCAACCCCGUCGUAUAUCUGCCAUAUCUGUUGCGGCUCGAAUUUCCUCUGAAAUGGGUGAGUCUCUUGGUGAAACUGUUGGUUACCAGAUUCGCCUGGAAGCAAAGCGCUCUGCUCAAACACGUUUGCUAUUUUGCACCACUGGAGUACUACUUCGGCAGCUGGUUCAGGACCCAGAUCUAACUGGUGUAAGCCAUUUGCUAGUGGAUGAAAUUCAUGAAAGAGGCAUGAAUGAGGACUUCCUUUUAAUAAUUUUGCAUGACCUUCUUCCUCGGCGACCAGAUCUGCGUCUUAUUCUAAUGAGUGCUACCAUUAAUGCUGACUUGUUCUCCAAAUACUUUGGAAAUGCCCCAACUAUCCAUAUACCGGGAUUUACUUUCCCCGUGGCAGAGUUGUUUCUGGAAGAUGUAUUGGAGAAAACUUGUUAUAAUAUCAAGUCAGAGUUUGACAACUUUCACGGAAACCCAAAGAGGAGGAAGAGACAACAGGAUUCUAAAAAAGAUCCUUUAAUGGAAUUAUUUGAGGACACUGACAUUGAUUUGCACUACAAAAACUACAGCACUUAUACAAGACGUUCUCUUGAAGCUUGGUCUGGUUCACAGCUUGAUUUGGGUCUUGUUGAAGCAACAAUUGAACAUAUUUGUCUCCAUGAAGAGGAAGGAGCAAUUCUUGUAUUCCUCACUGGCUGGGAUGACAUUUCUAAUCUACUGACAAAGUUAAAGAAACAUUUUCUUGGUGAUCCCAGUAAGAAUUUAGUCCUUCCACUGCACAGUUCAAUGCCUACUAUCAAUCAACAGGAAAUAUUUGAUCGACCACCCUCCAACAUGAGGAAAAUUGUGCUAGCCACAAACAUUGCAGAGAGUAGUAUCACCAUAGAUGAUGUUGUAUACGUCAUAGACUGUGGAAAGGCAAAGGAAACAAGUUACGAUGCUCUGAACAAGUUGGCUUGCCUGUUACCAUCAUGGAUUUCCAAGGCUUCAGCUCAUCAGAGACGAGGACGAGCUGGCCGUGUGCGGCCUGGAUUUUGUUAUAGACUUUAUCCAAAGAUGAUACAUGAGGCAAUGCUCCAGUUUCAGUUACCUGAAAUUCUCCGGACACCUUUGCAAGAGCUAUGCCUGAAUAUCAAAAGUUUGCAGCUUGGAAAAAUUGGUUCUUUUCUGUCAAAGGCGCUUCAGCCCCCAGAUCCUCUAUCUGUUCAAAAUGCAGUUGAACUUCUUAAAACAAUUGGCGCUCUGGAUGAUAUGGAGGAGCUUACUCCACUUGGCCGCCAUCUCUGCAAAUUACCUUUGGAUCCAAAUAUUGGAAAGAUGCUCCUCAUGGGGUCCAUCUUUCAGUGCCUUAACCCUGCAUUAACAAUUGCAGCUGCUCUUGCACAUCGUGACCCAUUUGUCCUUCCAAUAAAUUGGAAAGAAGAAGCUAAUGCUGCAAAAAGAUCCUUUGCUGGCGAUUCUUGCAGUGAUCACAUAGCACUUCUCAAUGCAUUUGAAGGAUGGAAAGAUGCAAAAUGCAGUGGGAAGGAAAGGGACUUCUGUUGGGAAAAUUUCUUAUCACCAAUAACCUUGCAGAUGAUGGAUGAUAUGAGAAAUCAAUUUCUAGAUCUACUGUCAGAUAUUGGCUUUGUGGACAAAUCCAAGGGUGCUAUUGCCUAUAAUCAAUAUAGCAAUGAUCUGGAGAUGGUAUGUGCAAUCCUUUGUGCUGGGCUCUACCCAAAUGUUUUGCAGUGCAAAAGAAGAGGAAAGCGAACAGCAUUUUACACUAAAGAAGUUGGGAAAGUUGACAUCCAUCCAGGAUCUGUUAAUGCUGGUGUUCAUCUUUUCCCUUUGCCUUACAUGGUUUAUAGUGAGAAGGUCAAAACUGCCAGCAUCUUUGUACGGGAUUCAACAAACAUAUCUGAUUAUUCUCUACUUCUUUUUGGCGGCAAUCUCAUUCCAAGCGAAACCGGUGAGGGAAUUGAAAUGCUUGGGGGUUACCUUCAUUUCUCUGCUUCAAAGAGUGUAUUAGAGUUGAUACGGAAAUUGCGCAGUGAGCUUGACAAGCUUCUAAAGAGGAAGAUUGAGGAGCCAGGGCUGGACAUUUCAGCAGAGGGAAAGGGAGUGGUUACUGCUGUGGUUGAGUUACUGCAUAGUCAAAAUCCUGAAAUUUUUGAAGAUUCUCAUCAAUAUUUGUAUCCAUUAGGAUACUAAGUAAAUCAGGUGAGUAGUUGUAAUGGGUGAUAAUCACACAAAUAUUAAUAUGUAGUUGAACAAGAAUGUUUCAGUGAUCUCAGGGUUGGGAUGCGAUAUGUGGAAGAUGGGAAAUUUUCAUCAAACGUUAAAUACUGUUGCUGGGCAAUAUACUAAUCAUAUUAUUUUGCAUGUUA